AGGCGAACAAGGAGGUGUUCGUUUUUACCUGGGAACAGGUAGUAGGCUACUAUAGAGAAACUGGGUGUAAAAAAAGAUCUAAAAUGAAUGAAACACUGGACCUGAACAUUACCCUUGUGGAUGAUGGUAACUGGACUUUUGUCAAUGGCUCCAAUGAAUUCUUCUUACCUCAGAACAAUGUUACAUACGUUGGAUAUUACCUGCAUCAGCCAUCUGUAGCAGCAGUCUUCAUAAUUUCCUACCUGCUCAUAUUCCUGGUCUGCAUGGUUGGAAAUGGAGUGGUGUGUUUAAUUGUGUUACAGAGCAAAAACAUGCGCACCGUCACCAACCUUUUCAUCCUCAACCUCGCUAUCAGUGACCUUCUUGUUGGGAUUUUCUGCAUGCCCACAACUCUUCUUGACAACAUUAUUACAGGUUGGCCGUUUGGAAGCAUGGUCUGCAAAAUGAGCGGUAUGGUCCAGGGCAUAUCAGUCUCAGCCUCCGUUUUCACCUUGGUUGCCAUAGCUGUUGACAGAUUCAGAUGUAUCGUGUAUCCCUUCAAACAAAAACUGACAAUAUCAACAGCCACCCUCAUUAUUGUGAUAAUCUGGGUCCUGGCAAUGUCCAUCAUGUGCCCCUCUGGCGUCAUGCUUCAGGUGACUAAAGAACAAACCAUUCGCGUGUUCCUGGGAGAUGGCAACCUAACGAGCCCUUUCUACUGGUGCAGGGAAAACUGGCCUAACCAGGAGAUGAGGAAGAUCUACACCACCGUCCUGUUUGCCAACAUUUACCUGGCUCCUCUGUCCCUCAUAGUAAUCAUGUAUGCAAGGAUUGGGAUCACUCUGUUUAAAACGGCCAUGCCGGCUGGGGCCAAAUCUGGCCAUGAUAACCGUCACUCUGUGUCAAAGAAAAAACAAAGAGUGAUCAAAAUGCUUCUCAUCGUGGCCUUGCUAUUCAUCUUGUCCUGGUUGCCUCUGUGGACACUGAUGAUGCUAACAGACUAUGUUAAACUUACUGAACAUCAGUACAGGCUUAUUAACAUCUACAUCUACCCUUUUGCCCACUGGCUAGCCUUUUUCAACAGCAGCGUCAACCCGAUAAUCUAUGGAUUCUUCAAUGAGAACUUUCGGCGUGGAUUUCAGGCCGUGUUUAAGUUCGGCAUGUGUCCUGUUGGCGGUCAGCGUCGGACCUAUUCUCAUAGGGUGCAGGGAAAUUCUGUGCAACCGGUGAACCUGCAACCCUCCACAGAGCCCAUCUCUCUUAACAGCCUGGAGAACAACAGCUCGAGGAGGAUGAACCACGUCAACGAGCAAGACUUAGUGAUGGAAGAUUUAGAGAAAGUGUCUGAAUGCAGUAUGGAAGGAGCUUCUCUUUAAGGGACUUAAUAGAGAGGAAUGAUAUGAUAGCAGGCUCAUUAUGUCUCAAAUUACAGACGAUUAUUUACUUUUGACAUUGUUGACAUUAUACAUGUGAGUAUAAAAUGGAUUUUACUCACGUUUAUUUUGAACAGACAUUUGCUGCUAGCAUGAAUGUACUUGCUGAUGUUGUCAGACACGAUUGGGCACAUCUGGCAAUUUAACAACUGUAGUCUUGUAAACUCUAUGAUCUGUAAAGAUAAGUUCAGUUAAAAAAAACUGUAACAUUAUUGUAAAUUUAUGUAUAUACACAGGAACAUCUGGGGUUUUAUGAUACAUAAUUUUAUUUAUUAAUCUAUUUCUUUUUAUGUGCACGUGAAAGUAUCAGAACUGUCAUAAUCCAGAAUCGUUAAUUGUUUCUGGAUUACAGUCUGGGAUUUUAGGCACAGCACUUACAUUUUAUUACUAACAUUAAACAUUCAUACCUCAUUUGUGACAGAUCCCUCUAAAUGCUGGAAUAAAUUUCAGUGGGAGGGUUUUAUGGACCAUAAUUGUUAUCUCGUGCCCAAACGGUAAAAUUAGCUAGAUAUUAUAUAGAGAUGACAGAGAUUAAUCUGAUUGUUUGCUGUUGGCACAAAUAGCAGAAAGUAAUAGUCAUAGUAACUCACACUGGCCUUUCUGCCCUGUAUGCCAGCGUUGACUGACAGAGCUCUCAGCUGAAUUGUUUGACAUAUGAGACAGAGGUAGGCUUUGUAUGGAUUUUAGAGAUAUUUGAUGCACAUGAGUCUGGAUGUAGCACUGUGAUUCACUUGCCUAAAGCUGAUUUUGUUCUUCAAGCAUGCUAUCUCUUUAGGGUUGUUUGUGCCAAAACCAUACAUUUAAUUAUUCAUUACCUUUUUUACCCUCUCUUUUUGUAUGUUGAUUAACACCACUUACAUAUGGGUUUCCUGCAGGUAGUUUUUAACUGCCCCAUCCUUCAGCCUGCA